AAGCGCAUACAUUGCAAGGCGAUGCGAAGAGAAAUGGACGAAAUAAAUGGGUACGUCUUCAAGGAAGAACUUGACAUGCCAAUAGCUUACAGUAUAUUAGUGUAUACAGAUUACGAAAUGAUAGAGCUCUUAUUACGUACAGUUUACAAACGUCACAACACAUACUGUAUACAUAUUGACGCCAAGUCGCCGGAACAUUUCAGAAACCGUGUGAUGAAGCUUGCAAACUGUUUCGACAACGUGAUGAUAGCCACAAAAUUAGUCAGCGUCUAUUGGGGCCAGUUUUCUAUACUUGAAGCUGAAAUGUCAUGCAUGAAAGACCUUUUCAACAAGACAAAGAGUUGGAAAUAUUUUAUUAAUUUGACUGGACAAGAAUUUCCACUAAGAACUAAUUACGAAAUUGCCAAAAUACUUAGAGCACUUCGAGGUCACAACAACAUAGGAUGCAGUAAAAACUUUGAACAUUACCGUUUACGUACGUCGGGUCCGCCUCCGCACGGUUUGGAGGUUUACAAGGCCUCAACCCAUGUCAUUCUUACUAGGAAAUUCGUUGAAUAUUUACUGACCGACGAGAUAGCACAUCGUGUUUUAAUGUGGUCAAGAAAACUACUGAUACCCGACGAGAUGGUUUUUCCAAUAUUGAACUGCAACAGAAAGCUUAAGGCGCCGGGAUCUUAUAAAGAACAUCCAAGUUUAUACGAUCAUAACAAGAGCUUUGUUUCAAGAUAUAAAAUAUGGAGACAUGAAGGCACGCAGUGCCACGGGAAAAUCAUGCGGGACAUAUGUACAUUUGGGCCACGUGACGUUGAAAAUUUACUGACGAGACAUGAACUUUUCGCCAAUAAAUUUCACUUCAGUGAAUUUCCCGAAGUGUCAUUCUGUUUACGAAAUAUAUUAUUAAAAAGAACUAUUUUAGAAUAUAAAGGGUAUAUGGAUUUUAAUGUAUCAUUUUAUAGCAAUAUACCUUACAAAUGGUAACAUAUUAUUCAAAAUUACAAUAUGUUUUUGUUUGUCAUUAAAAGAACUUGUAUUCUUUUUAUUCUGUACAUGCUAUUUGCUUAAGGAGACGUCACGGCUGAGAUAGUUUAGCUUUAUUACAAUACACAGUCGGUAUUGAAAUUGUGUUUGUAAUACAUGUGCUCAUUAGAUAAAUCCUCAAUAUCUAUAUGAAAAUAUGGGAUGUGUUUUGUAUAAUUGCAACACUGUGAGUUGCUCUAAUUACUGACAAAAGACUGAAACAAUAGGAAUUCGUACGAGAGAUGGAUGGACAAAACAUCAGUGAGGUAACAAUAUAUUCUUUUAUUGUUUUAAUGUAUGAGUUGUAAGCUACAAUAAAGAAUACCCAUUUUAGUUAGAAAUAACAGAAAAAAAUUAAUUAGGUCAUGAGUCAUCAUAUACCUGUCAAAAUUUGUCAUUAGUUUUCACGAGCUGUCAAAAUUAUUUUUAUCUCUCUAUUCUGCAAAUGCAUUGUUUUUGAAAGUAUCUUGGACGGAUAUUGUAAUGUGUAACUUACUUUACAUUCCACAUUAGUAUAUGUGCUUGAAAUUGCUUUGUUGAGCUCACCGACGUCACAUAUGAAUGUCUAUUGUUUUAGUUUAUUGUCUGUUAUAAAGGUACCAAAUCUCAAUAUUAAGAUAUAAGAAUUGUUCCUUUCUGGUAUACAAAGGAAACUAUUUGGUUGAAUCAUGAUAUAACGGUUUUUGGAAACAACUGAAUAUUCUUUGGUUUUUUGUUAUUCACCGGAAAUUCAAAAAGUGACAUCACCUUAAGUCAUCUUUCAGAAGUACGCUCAAAUAUAUUUAAAAAUACAAAAUACACAAAUUACAAAUUGAAUUAUUUGCAAUUUAUAUAAUUAUUCUUUGUAAUUAAGAAAACAAACUUAUUCUGUAUAGGGGCGCGUUGAGGAUGAACUCUCUAUUCAUUCUUGGAACAUUAACGGUCUGAAUCGUUUUAAACUUGAAGAUGAGGACUUUUUGAACUGUUUAUCGAAAAAUGAUAUUAUCUUUUUAUACGAAUCAUGGGGGAACUGGAAGUCGGAUUUGGAUAUUGAUGGUUACAAAUGUUAUAAUUUCUAUAGAAAGUACCAGAAUAGGAGGGCUAAAAGGAACAGUGGAGGCCUAGUGUUAUAUAUUAAAAAUUCUAUUAGUAAAGGAGCUAAAAUCGUUAAAAAUCACCAUGAUACUAUAAUUUGGUUGCGGCUUGAUAAAAAUUUCUUCAAUACGAAAAAUGACAUAUACUUAGCAGGAAUUCAUAUUUGGGUCGAAAAUUCGCCAGCAUACAACAUGAUAACAGAUGAUUUUUUUUUUAACUGCUUCAAUAUGACAUUCAUGAAUUUGAACCACGUGGUGACGUCAUGAUAGUUGGUGACUGGAAUGCAAGGGUCGGAAAUGGGGACAGAAGGGAUUAUAUUGUUUAUGAUAGAUCAGUGAAUUUCAUUGACAAUGAUGACUAUUGUCCGGAUAUACCGAUGGACCGUAUAUCAAUGGACUCAAUGCGCACAACAAUAACGGUAUUAAACUGCUUGAUUUAUGUAAAUCUUGUUCGAUGCGUAUCGUUAAUGGUAGACUUGGAAAAGACUUUUGUGUAGGCAAUUAUACUUAUGCAUGCCCUGCGGGAGCUAGUGUUAUUGACUAUUUGGUUGUGUACGAACGAUGUUUUGGUACACUUGCGGAUUUUUGCAUUAAGCAUUUUUCCCAUUUGUCUGAUCAUGCAGCUAUCAACUUUUCGUUAUAUUGUAACACAAAUACAUUGAAUAAUAAUGAUAAGUAUGAAAGAAAGAGUAUAAAGUGGAAUGACGAAUUACGUAAUCAGUUUCGUAACGAUAUCAUUUCGAAGCUUGCAGAUUUCAAUGCUAUAACAUUAAAUACUGAUUUUAACAACAGAGCUGCAUUAAGUUCUUGUGUUUCCGAGUUUACGAAUACUAUGCUUAGUGUAGCAGAGCCUUUAUUUACUAGAAAUGUAACAGUGUCUAAUAGGCCUAAAGUAUCGAAUAAAUUGAGCAAACAGGCUGGUUGGAUCGAUAAUGACUGUCAGAUUGCAAAAAAAAUAAUUAUUUGGCUGCAGUCAAUCGAUAUAAUUGUCAUAAAACUGACGAAAAUAGGCCUAAUAUGUGUACUUUAAAUGGCGUUUAUAAGCGUCUUGUAAAAACUAAGAAAAGGCGUUAUGAGUUUCAACGCAUAAAAGAUAUUGAACGUUUGAGACAUAGCAAACCUAAAGGGUUUUGGAAAUGUUUCAAAAGUAAUAAGAAAUCAUCAAGUAACAAUAUUUCGCUUGAUGAGUUUUAUAACUAUUUAUCGACAUUGAAUGAUGAUUUACCUAACUGUGUUAAUAAUGACGCUGACACCUUUUGUAAUAAUCACGACUUGAAUGUUGAUGACUGUAUUUUCGAAGAGUUAGAUGUUCCGAUUACGGUAUCAGAAAUUAUGAAGGUCUUACAUACUCUUACAAAAAAGGUAAGUCUUUUGCUGGUGAUCAGUUACUAAAUGAGUAUUUUAUUGAGACAUCAGAUAUUUUAGCAUCACAUUUGGCUGAUAUUUUUAACGGUAUAUUCAAUUCAGGAUUUUUUCCUGAUAGUUGGAUGAAAGGAAGGCAUAACUGUACCAUUACAUAAGAAAAACGAUCCGGAAUUAGCCAGUAACUAUAGAGGUAUUACAUUAGUUAGUUGUUUUUCGAAAAUAUUUACAGGUAUCCUUAACCAAAGAAUUAAUAUCUGGAUUGAAAGUAAUAAUAUACUUAGUGAUGCUCAGUUUGGAUUUAGAAAGGGUCGUUCGACUGUUGAUGCCAUUUUUAUAUUAAAUGCACUCAUUCAAAAAGUUUUAAAUAAUAAUGGCCGUCUGUCAUGUGCUUUUAUUGAUUUUCAGAAAGCUUUUGAUAGUAUAUAUCAUAAUGGAUUGUGGUUCAAAUUAAUUAAACUAGGAAUUGCUGGUAAAACUCUGCGUAUUAUUCGAGACAUGUAUUCUAAAGUUAAGCCCUGUAUACGGGGGUGUAAGACGUAUUCGGAUUGUUUUUAAUGUUCAUUGGGCUUAAAACAAGGGGAAGUAAUUUCGCCCGUUCUUUUUUCUCUUUUCCUAGGAGACAUAGAGGUAUCUUUGAUUGACGGUGUCGAUAACGGCUUCAAUUUAGAUGAGUUUACUUUUAUUUUAUUGUUGUUCGCCGAUGACAUGGUCAUUAUUGGUAAGAAUCCAGAGGAUUUACAAAAUCCUUUAAAUUUGUUAAAGGAAUAUUGUGUAAACUGGGGUUUUCAAGUUAACCCAGAUAAAAGUAAAAUAGUUGUUUUUAGAAAGCGUGGACCAGUUAGACGUAAUGAAGUUUGGUAUUAUGACAAUAAGACCCUCGAAGUCGUUGACAGUUAUAACUACUUAGGAACAGUGUUUAAUUAUACUGGUACAUUUCUAUCAAAUCAAGAAACAAUUGCUGGAAAGGGCCUUAAAGCUAUGAACGUUCUACUAAACAAUAUUAGUAAAUUAUCUCUUAAACCUAGUACUGUUUUGCAAUUAUUUGACUCAUUUGUUACGUCAGCAUUAUGUUAUGGCAUUGAGAUAUGGGGUUUUGGUAAAUCAAAACCAAUUGAAAGAAUCCAUAUGAAAUUUUGUAAAUUGCUUCUUCAUGUUAAGACAUCUACUUGUAAUUAUGGUAUUUAUAGCGAACUAGGCAGAUACCCAUUAUAUGUAAACAGAUAUGUACGUAUUAUAAAAUACUGGUUGAAGGUUGUUAAGUCUGAUUAACAUAUAUUUUUAUACAAAAUUUAUAUUAUUAUUUAGUAAGUGAUAUUGAUAUGGGUAGAACGAAUUGGGCAUCUAACGUUAAACAAUUAUUAGAUAGUUACGGGUUUUCGUAUGUAUGGAUUAAUCCAGAUAUUGUGGAUCUUAAUACGUUCCAUAUUGUAUUCAAGAAUGAGUGAUUGAAAAUUUUGUACAAAAUUGUUAUAAUGGUAUUAACAACAGCAGAUGCUUAUGUUCAUAUAAGUUGUUUAAAACCACAUUUGGAUUUGAAAACUAUCUAGAUUUCUUAUCGCCUAAACUUAAAAUUGCAUUUUCUCGUCUUCGCCUUUCAUCGCAUCAAUUAAAAAUCGAAUCUGGCCGUUAUGGCGCUAACAGGGUUGAUCAUAACCAAAGAUAUUGUUUAUUGUGUAAUAGCGGCGAUAUAGAAGAUGAGUACCAUUUUAUUAUUAAAUUUCCAGUAUAUGACACCAUUAGGAAAUUGUAUAUCAAGCCAUAUUAUUAUCGUCGACCUAGUGUAUACAAAUUUACUCAACUAAUGCAUAAUACUCAACGUUCAGUUUUAUUGAAGCUUAGUAAAUUUAUUUAUAAUGCUUUCAUAUUACGAAAAGGUCUUUCUGUAGCUAUACAGUAGGAGUUUAAUAUAAUAUGCUAUUGACAUUACCUUCAUGUUUACAAACAUCAUGAUCUGCUGAUGUAUAUAAUUUAUUUAUAUCUGUAGCCGGAGCUAUGGUUACUUUGUCAUGCAAUCGCACCAGUGCUGCAUAUAUCGACUUAAGAUACCUCUCUUUUGUCAUACUGCGGCAUAUUUUAGCACUUUUUAGUUAUUUACACUCUUCGUAACUCUUCAUGCCUUGUUUUUUUUUUCUACAAGGCAUGUUGAGGUAUUAUGUAUCCGUGCUUGUUCUCCGUUUGUCGCACGCGCCUGGUUAUCCUUACAUUUUCGUUUCGGUAAGGCCUAUCGCAUUUCUAUAUUUUCUUUCUUAGUUAUUUAUAUGUGAGUACCUAUUAGUAUCGUUAAUCAUUAUCAUUCGAUAUACUAUUGCAUUUGUAUUCUGACACAUUUAUUAUACUCGGCAAUUUUAUCAGCAUAGCACCGAUAAUGAUAGACACUUGUUUUGUCUUAAUUAUUUCACUGGUUACUUAUCUAGGUGAAUAUCAUUGCUAAUACUGUACCCAUAGCUCCGACGACAAAAAUGUUCCAUUUGCUUUGCAUUCAUAUAUUGUAUACUUCAAGUAAAUAUCACAUGUUACGGUUGCUAUUUUAGUUCACCCUCUAUAAGCACAUGUAUUUAUUUCACUAUCUGAUUUUGUUCACCGUCCUUAGUGACACAUAAAUAUACUCUAUACUGAUGCUAUGUAACGAGAAACAUUAUAUUGUUUAAGUUAUUGGAAAUAAAGAAUAUGUUCUGUUC